UUUUAUCUUACAAAUCAGCAAAUCUGACACUUACAGACAUUGAGUCAAUUGAUGAUAAAAUGUGGGUGACUGAUCAAGUUAUCAACUUUUUCUAUGAGGUUUUGGGUGAAAGUUACAAAGACAUCCCUAAAAUCAGACUGAUCGAUCCUGCUUCGGUCUCAUGAAUUUACCACAUGACAGAAAUUGAUGAUCUUUUUGAAGUUUUUGGUCCUCUGAGAUUGCACAAGGCAGAUAUGAUCAUUUGUCCAGUAAACGAUAACACUUCUCCCUUAGAAACAGGAGGUACUCACUGGGCGUUGUUAGUGUAUAUCAGAGUGACAGACACAUUCCACUACUUUGAUAGCGCUGGAGAAGAAAUCCCGACUCGACUUUCAGUAGCAUCGAAACUGAGAGCAUUGAUCUCGAACAGAAAAGAAUCAUAUUACAUGAGAGAGUUAAGCUCAGAAGUGGAGACUUUUCGGUAUACACCAAGGCAGGGGAACUCUUACGAUUGUGGUAUUUUUGUGAUGGGAAUCACCCUCUGUCUGCUAAAUCUCUACAAGACGUGUCCUAGUGAACUUAGAUACAUCACUAGCUUGGAUUUCGAACAAUAUAUUAACCAGGAUGAGGCUGAUGACAUGCGACAGUACAUUCGAAACAUGCUCUUGUUCUCUCUUUAAUAUCCGAAAAUGGAAUA